AUGGUCCAGCACGCACCUCCCUCCGCCAACAAUUGGCCACUGCACUACUGGAAACUGCCACAUGUCGAGCUUACCCACCGCAUCGAUCUACAGAACAGGUUGAACGUCCUGCAUUACUUCUGGCCAGCGUCAGCAACGACACCUCGUCUCCAAUACCUCAGCAACCGUGCCAAUCGAGGCCUCAUCUCCUACGAUUCCUGCACCACGAUAGAGCUGCACAGCUUUUGCGUCCAACGCAAGCUGAUUGCUAAAGAUGACCUUCCAACCACUCCCGGGUUCGCUAGUACUAGACCGAACCUGAUCACACUGCUUGAAACCUCCGAUGAUGCGCAGACUUUCCCUUUGCUAGCUCUUCCGCCCGAGCUUCGUGAGAAGGUCUACGCACACCACAUUCUCUCCCUCCUUCCGCCACUUCAUCCACCCCACGAAGCCUUUCUCACGCAAAGCAUGACCAUGCCACCGCCGCCUCUUAUCGAAGUAUCACGUCUCCUGCGGAAAGAAGCCCUCCCGAUAUUCUACGAUCUCCACCGCGCCAAGAUCGGCGUCAUAGAUCCUUAUGGCAAUGUAUUCAGUGAUAAAGCCUAUGCCAUUACAGAGCCUGUGGAUGCUCUCAUCGCUCGAGCGCCAGAUGCGGUUAUCGGGAGGUACCAGAGCCUGGAGCUGAGUGGGAUUGUCAGCAUGAAUGGGAGAAGUGGUGGCAGGUGCGGCGUGUGGUUCGAGGUGGAGAUGCCUAGGGAGAGGAGAAAGGGAAGCGUGAAGAUGAUGGGAAAGUUUGGAGGGGCUGCGGUCAUGGAGAGGUUUGAAGGUGUUGUAGUGAGAAUGGAAGGCAGGUUACAAGCUGUUCUAGAUGAGAUGACAGAGCAUGGAAGGGGUCUAGAAAGCAGUGACCUGGAACUGUUCCGGAAGUGCUUCGCCCAGGCUGUAUGA